AUCCAGAGAAGAAGACGGCAAUGACGUGACUGUUAGCAUUUUUACGACAGUUCAUGUAUACAUGUGGGCAGCCAGGCUUCUUGCCACCUUUAGAAUUCCUCUUCAUGAGGCGGGUCAUCUUUCCGUAUAUUAGGGCAGCGCGUAGUUUAAGCCACAGUGUUUUGCAGAGAAGCGUACCAUUGAGCACUGUAAACUCAUCCACCGCUCCGGAAAUAGGAUCCGGCAUUUGUUACAGAUUUGGAUUUUACAUUCAAGUGUCCAGAAAAACCAGCAUGUCCUCCACCGCGAUGUCCCAGAGAAUGGUAUGGGUUGACCUGGAGAUGACCGGUCUCGACAUCGAGAAGGACCAGAUCAUUGAAAUGGCAUGCAUUAUUACAGACUCAGACUUGAACAUUUUGGCUGAGGGGCCCAACUUGAUAAUUAACCAGCAGGAUGAGUUGCUUGAUGGGAUGUCAGAGUGGUGUAAAGAGCAUCAUGGAAAAUCAGGACUGACGCAGGCUGUACGGGAGAGUAAAAUCACCCUGGAACAAGCAGAGUAUGAGUUCCUGUCCUUUGUCCGACAGCACACCCCACCUGGACAGUGUCCACUUGCUGGUAACUCUGUGCAUGCAGACAAGAGGUUUCUGGAAAAGUACAUGUCACAGUUUAUGUACCACCUUCAUUACAGAAUCAUUGAUGUCAGCACUAUCAAGGAGCUUUGCAGACGGUGGUUUCCAGAGGAAUACAGGAUGGCACCUGAAAAGAAAGCCACCCACAGGGCCUUGAAUGACAUUCGGGAGAGCAUUAAAGAGCUGCAGUACUACAGAGCCAACAUCUUCAAAGCAACAACACAGGAGAAGAAGAGCAAAGUUGUUGAAAAUGGUGACAGCAACAAGAAUUAGCACAUAUGGAAGUGACAGUAUUCAGAGUUGUGUUGCUGCAUUUCCUAAAGAAACCCAUUUAAUCAUUUAUUUUAGUCUGUAUUCAUAUUUAGAUGCCCAUUGAUCCUUUGUUCAAGUAUCAUUCAAAAGGUAAACUCAGAGGUUUCAUCAAAGGGAGCAAGAUUCUAGUACCAGUUAAUACAAUUUUUUCAACAACAAAAAAAUAUUUAAAGUAGUAAUAUUUGAAAAUGACAUUUUUUUUCUUUGCAGUUUUUUUUUUAACUUCUCAACAUCUGUAAUCUUGGCUUCACUAAGUGUUCCUUGUUUUUAAAAUGAAACCAAUAAAAUCCUGAGAAAACAAUCCUCCCCCCAUGUGACACCUUUAUCAACAAAAUUCCACACAUACUAAAUACAACAGUAUGUGGUAUAUUAAAGUGUAACUGCUUCUUUUUUUCUUUUUUCUUAAAUCAUUCUCUUAAAUCAAACCUUUUGGCCAGGCCUGAAAUGAAAUAGUAUUUUGUGUGACCUGUUCUUUUUCUUUAGUUAGUAGUGUAGUAGUCUGUAGUAUUUGUAGCAACUCAUAAUGUAAUAACUUAAAUGUAAUAAAAUCAUGAGCGCAUAAUGUAAUAACGUCUAUUACGCAUAAUGUAACAAUGGCUUAUAGUGUGAGAAAAGUGCAUUAUCACCAUGUUUACCUUUGCCAUUCUUGUAAUUUUCUGUCUGUAUGUAAUCAGAAUCACACAAUUUCUGCAAAACGUGGUGGAGCAUUAAGUCCAAGGUAUAACGGCCAUACCUGCACACUGACUACAAGAAUUCACUUAUGGGGAGAGGUCUGUGUUUUGUCUAUGAUUUGUACAUAGGUGGCACUACAGUAAUAGGGUGGAUUAGGGAAGAGCAUUUUCUUUGUUUGCUAUUGCUACAAUAAAUGCAGGAAACAAUAACUUUUAUAAUAAAAACACAUUUAAG